AUGUCCACAUCACCGGCCGUGCAGUACUAUCAUCAUGGACGCUUCAAAGUCUCUAACGGGGUUAUACCCGACGCAGUGACCGCCUUCAAGACGUAUGGGAAUCCCGAGAACCCAUGUAUCGUAUUCCCGACUUGCUUUGGAGGCAAACUUGCGAGGCAGGACUAUAUGAUCGGCCCAGAGAAGGCCUUGAACCCGGAGAAGUACUACAUCGUUACGCUUGCCUUGUUCUCCAACGGAGAGUCGUCUUCUCCCUCCAACACCCCCACGCCUUACAACGGUCCAUACUUCCCUGAAGUCUCCUACGAGGAUAAUAUUCGAGCUCAACAUGCGGUCUUGACCGAGCAUCUAAGUGUGAAGAAGGUAUUCUGUGUGGUAGGGUUCUCGAUGGGCGCCCAACAGGCUUACUAUUGGCCUGUGAUGUAUCCUGAGAUGGUUGAGCGUUUCGUGGUGUUGUGUGGGUCUGCCCGCACCAGUCCGCACAAUCAGUGCUUUAUCGAAGGGCCAAAGAUAGCCCUUGUCUCCUCCAAAGAUUUUGAGAACGGCCAUUACAAGACUACGCCACAACAUGGGAUACGCGCAUUCGCUAGAGUGUAUAGUGCGUGGGCCUAUGGGCAGACAUGGUACCGAAACAAGCAGUAUCUCUACGACGGGAUGUAUCCUGACCUCAACAGUUUUAUUCGAGGCAACUGGGAGGCCCGCUUCCUCGAUGCUUGGGACGCAAAUGAUAUGAUUACGCUCAUUAACACCUGGCAGCAAGGCGACGUCUCUCUCAUCCGUCACGGUGGCGACCUCGAGAAAUGUCUUUCUGAGAUCACGGCGAAGGGGCUUAUCAUGCCAUCUAAGACAGAUUUGUAUUUUCCGCCUGAAGACAGCGAGAACGAGGUUUCUUGGAUGAGAAAUGGAGCUGAAUUGGCUGUGAUAGACACAGUUUGGGGACAUCUAGCUGGUGGUGGAGCAAACUCGAAGGACGACGAGUUUAUCAAGUCAAAGAUAUUACAUUUCUUCAAAUCUACGGCUUAA